AUGAAGACUAUUAUGGAAAGAAAUGUGAUGCGACUUGUGGCUGUGCAGCACCUCCGCACAGUUUACGGCAUAAAAGCUAAAAACUGGAAUAAAAACAAAACAUCACGGACAUCCACAAGCAUCACGAAAAAAGUAUUUGGUGUAGCUCUUGAUAACCUACCAUGCGUUAAUAUGGAUUAUGGGAUUGUGCCAAGGUUUCUUGUUGACGCUUGUAUGUAUCUAACGACUCAUGUCGACACAGAGGGCCUAUUCAGAAAGUCAGGGUCCGUUCUUCGCCUCAAAGCUCUCCGGGUCAAGUUGGAUGCAGGAGAAGACUGUCUGUCCACAGCUCUUCCCUGCGAUGUGGCCGGCCUGGUGAAGCAGUUCUUUAGAGAGCUGCCGGAGCCGGUGCUUCCAACAGAGCUGCAUGAAGCCUUUCUCAAAGCCCAGCAGCUAAACUCAGACGAGGAGAGGACUGCAGCCACCAUGCUGCUCUCCUGUGUGCUCCCGGAGAGAAACCAGAACACCCUCCGCCACUUCUUUGAGUUCCUUCACAGUGUAUCUUUAAGGAGUGGAGAAAAUAAGAUGGACAGCAAUAAUUUGUCUGUAAUCUUGGCUCCUAAUCUCCUCCACUCUGGAGACGUCACAGAAAAGAUGAAUGCAAACACAGAAAAACGCCUCAAACUCCAGUCAGCGGUUGUCCACUGUUUCAUUACAAAUGCUCACAGCUUUGGUGUGCUGCCACAGUUUCUUCAAGAGAAGAUACCUGUUAUGAUGGGCAGUGAUUCUAGCGCUCAGUCACCGGCUCAAGACGAGCUACAAGAACUUGAACUAAACUCGGGCAUAAAGAGGAGGCCGAGGCGAAGCUUUGGAGAUUUGGUCAGUGGUGCUCUGAAUAAGAUCAAAACAAAUAGAACCCCCACAAAUAACCCCCUGUCAGACAGUAUUGUAUUUUCUUCGGCAACUCCUGUUAUUGCAACCCCCAACUCUAAGCGAAAACUACCUCUGGAAUCUGGCCACAGUUUUGGAUUCUCAAAUAAGAAGCGCAGGUCAAUGAAGAAGACCCUGGGCAUAGACUUACUCCCUGAUCCCAUGUUAAGCGGCACUUGUACUCCUGGAUCCGCUCGGAGUGCUUCUGGAGUCCUUGAUUCGAACACCUGUUCCUCUGGAGGUCAGUCUCGCAGGCGCUCUGUCACUUCUGUGCGGAGAAAAAGCCGAAGACUGAGCAGCCGACAUGCAGUAAACAGGGUGGAGUCUGGUCGAGCCGGUUGCUUUUCACCCAAAGUCAAAAAGGAUGCACCACGCAAAUCUCUGCGCAUGCGCUUCAGCCUGGGUAAAAGCAGCAAAGAAGCUGGAUCUGAGUCCAUUGGCUGGAGACUUGCCUCUCAGGAAAGCACGUCCAGCUUUUGUUUCACCAAAGAAAUGGAGUUCGCCAGUCCAUCCGUGUUGCCCAGGAUCAACGAGUCGAACGGCACCAAAUACAUCAGUAAGUCCGAGGACAACUUGUCGACGCCUCAGCCACACUGGAGCGACCGCCGGGCUGUUUGGGCCACCGAGACUCCGGUAACAUCUCAGGACUUUAGCCGAGGUUCUUUUUCCGAUACUCCUUUGAACAUGUGCCUGAAGAACAAGGGCACUUUCUCCUCUGAGCCCAUCAUAGUCCUGUCCAAGCCUUCGCCUGCAUCCAACCGGCCCCUCAAGUUUUGUUGCGCUUCGAGUGCUGACAGUUUGGAGAGCGAGGGAGCAGCAGCAGCUGAAGCCCAGAGUCAAAUGGGGCCCACCCUGAUUAAGAUUAACAAGGUCUUUACAGAACUGAGGAGUGACUGGCGACCUGCAGAAACAUCACAAGCAAACCGUUCCUGUGUCUUUCAUCCAGAAACACCAUCUUCCUUCAUGGCCCCAUCUCAAUCUUUUCUGGCGAAUUACGACCAUAACUUUACUUUUGGUCAAAUGGAGCUAGCGUGCCUGUCUCCUUUGCAUAUCGACAGCGCAGUGUUCGACUGCGAUACGAACGGUAGUCUCUUGUUAAAGCGUUCUAUAGAAACUCCCGCCAGGAACACGCCGGACGUCUUCACGUUGGACGAUGGAGAAAAGCAUGAGCUGGUGGAUUGCAGCAGACUGAUCGACGCCCUGGACAUUCAGAGUCCCGCUCAUUUCAAGCCAGGGCUGCUGUCCGGGCUUCAGUCCACGCCGUACAGAUCCGAAUUUGAACCUUGUGCAGAAAUCUGUACUCCCCCGAGGGCAGAGGGCGAUUUGAGUGUUGCGGGAGACGCCUGCGGUCGCGGUGCUAAAGAUGGUGAUCAGGAGAUGGCCUUGUCUCCUGACGAUCUGCAGGCGCAAAAGUGCAAAGUCUCCGAGCAUAUCCAGCACUUCAACAGGCUCACGCUGCGCUAUACAGAAGGAAAUCAGGGCAAGAGCAGGUCCCCUCUCAGCUUCCAGCGCACGCCAGUCCGCCAGACCGUACGAAGGAUCAACUCUCUACUGGGGGACAACCGGAGACUCACCAGAAGCACCGUUCGCCAGGGUAUGCCCAAGUCUGUAAGCCUAGAAUCGGGCAUCUCUCCGCACCCGCAAGCCCGCACAAACCUGGACAAAGCUGCGGUUACAAGUGCAAGGUCAGCGAAGAAGCCGCCUCCUCCUCCUGUGCCUCCCAAAACCAGGACCCUGAACCGGAAGGCCAAGCAGAGUGCCCUCGGAGACGUGACCAACAAGCUCGAGCCUGUCACCAAAAUGAACACUUCUGGCUCCAGGUGCCACCAAGAGCAGCCCAGACCCCAGAAUUCCUUUGUGCAGUUUGAAAAGGAGAUGCAUCAUUACAGGGGCUCUCCCAGAAACCCCCUCAACCAGACACGACUUCUCUCGGCGACGAAACCUGUUGAUUUAUAG